UACAUUGUCGAACCAGCAGGACAAACUACUGAUUUCGCUCCGAGAAAGGUGCUGGCAUCAUCUGCAAACCCCACGUCUCCUUAUUACCACCAGCACUGCCCGUUCCGGCGACUAGGAAAGUUGAUCGCUGGUUGCUCUUCUGGCCCCACGGCCAUCCAUCUGAUCACUGACGCGGCUUCUCUACACCUCGGCCGCUGUCUUACCGGUUUCUCCUCCCAGAGAUUGAAGGAUAUUUGGUGGGAAAGAGUCCUCUCCUGCACCGGAAUCGAGUUUCUUCGGUUAUCAAGAGACGCCUUUUCAUCCACAUGUUCACCUGUUCUCCAUUUUUCUGAUGGAAGAGAAGGUGGAACUGAUGGCACGCCGUCUCCGGAAAAAUCCUGAAGAAAGCCCUCCUAUGCUAGACUGAUGACAGACGUGUUUCUUACCAUCAAUAUCUUAGUAUAUUGUGGACAAGUCGCAACUUGGGGGAAACUGCUCGCUUGGGGUGCUCAGGUCAACCAUCUCAUCGACAAGGGACAAUGGUGGAGGCUGGCCACAUCGAAUUUCUUACAUGAGAACGUCACGCACCUCCUGCUUAAUUGCUUGGGUCUAAAUGCCAUUGGUCCCAAGGUGGAAGCAGUCGCUGGCCCGGAACGAUUUCUAUUGGUUUACGUCACCUCUGGAAUUGCAAGUUCAGCAAUGAGUUAUAGGUUUAACAAAGCUUCUUCCGUAGGUGCUUCUGGAGCAUUUUUCGGACUGGUUGGUUACCUGGCUGUUCACUUCUUGAGGCAUAGAGGCCUGACCGGAGAUGCUGACAAAGGUCUAGACUACAUAGGACAAAUACUUCUAUAUAACAUGAUCCUUGGGCUCAUGAUUAAACGUAUUGAUUACUGGGCACAUGUAGGAGGAUUUCUCGGUGGGGCAGCCGCAUCGUGGCUCCUCGAUCCUACUGGGAAGCUCGAGUACAGGUCUGGCGAUGGUCGGAAAGCCAUCGACGACAUCAAAGGGACGGAGGACCCGGGGGCGGCCAACGAGAGUGUUCACGCCAUCUAA